CCGGAGAGACGGCAGCUUUUUGCAGAAAAUCAACAACUUCUCAAAGCUUCGGAAAAACUGCGUCGUCCGUAUAGUGCUUUGCGAAGCGUUUCAGUCCACUUCCAAUCAAACCACCCACUUCUUCCAUAUAUUCUACCCUGCUUCGCUUUAACAUGCACAACAGCUGUAGGACUCAUAUGCUCCUGUUUCUGCUCUGCAUCGGAUUGGGUGACCAAUAUGAGCUGGAGACAGAUGAAGUGGUUCCCAAGCUGCUGUCCGGGCAGGAGGCGCACCUGUCCUCCAGUGUCCACAUACUGCGGCACCGCGGUCAGCGCUCCCUGGUCGCCCCGGGGGGAGGACACUCUGACCCUGAUAACAUUAUUCUGUCACUGCCGGCUUUCGGAAGGAACCUCUAUUUAAAUCUGACAAGGGGCAGUACCUUUCUCUCGGGGGACUUCGUGGUGGAGGAGAGACGCGGGGACCAGAGCGCAGCUGUGAGCCGCUUGUCUAUGAACCCUCUCUGCUUUUACUUCGGCUCCAUCAUCAACCAGACUGAUUCUCUGGCAUCGAUGAGCACGUGUGGCGGCCUGACUGGACUCAUCCAGAUUGCGGAAGACAGCCUAUUCAUUCAGCCGAUUGACGAAAAUGUCCCCUCACAGUCCUUCUCAGGACUUAAACACCGGCUGCUGCGACACCGACGCCAUGCAAAGACCAGCUCUACUCAAGAUGCUGACCAGCCUCACUACUGUGGGACUGUACAAGGAAAGAAGAAGGAGAAGAUGUCAAAAGUUGGUGAGGAGGGUCGUGGGAAAAGAAACUCCAUUCGCCUGCACGAAGCAUACACUGUGGAAACAGUGGUGGUGGCAGACUCUGACAUGGUGCAGUACCAUGGUGCCGAGGCGGCACAGAGGUUCCUACUGACAGUCAUGAACAUGGUCUACAACAUGUUCCACCACCAGAGUCUGGGAGUCAGGAUCAACAUUCGUGUCACCAAGCUGGUGUUGCUUCACAGCCGGCCAGAAAAGCUAAAGGUGGGCCAUCAUGGAGAAAGAUCUCUGGAGAGCUUCUGUCAUUGGCAGUAUCAAGAGUUUGGGGCACGGUACCUUGGUACCAACCACAUUCCUGGUGGAAGAGAUGACAUUCCGCCAGUGGACACUGCCGUGCUUGUCACCAGGACAGAUUUCUGCGUUCAUAAAGACGAACCCUGUGAUACUGUGGGUAUUGCUUACCUGGGGGGUGUCUGCAGCGCCAAGAGGAAGUGUGUAUUAGCAGAGGACAAUGGAUUAAAUUUGGCCUUCACCAUUGCUCAUGAGCUGGGACACAACAUGGGAAUGAGUCAUGAUGAUGACCAUGACACCUGCACUGGAUACUCCCACAUCAUGUCUGGUGAAUGGGUGAAAGGAAGAAACCCCAGUGACCUGUCCUGGUCCUCCUGCAGUCGUGAUGACCUUGAGAACUUUCUCAGGUCCAAAGCCAGUGCCUGUCUGCUGCACACAGACCCCCGGAGCCGUUACCAGGUCCGACUCCCUCCCAAGCUGCCAGGCAUGCACUACAGUGUGGAUGAACAGUGCCAGAUCCUGUUUGGAACCAAUGCCUCUUUCUGUAAUGACAUGGAGCACCUGAUGUGCGCUGGCCUAUGGUGCUUGGUAGAAGGUGAUACAUCCUGCAAGACCAAACUGGAUCCUCCUCUGGAUGGAACAGAGUGUGGAGCAGAUAAGUGGUGCAGGGCAGGUGAGUGUGUCAGUAAGACUCCCAUCCCUGAGCAUGUGGACGGUGACUGGAGUCCAUGGAGCCAGUGGAGCAUGUGCAGUAGGACCUGCGGUACUGGAGUCCAGUUCAGACAGAGGAAGUGUGACAACCCUCCGCCUGGUCCUGGGGGGCGAAACUGUCAGAAGGCCAGUGUGGGACACAAGGCCUGUGACAAUCCACCCUGUCCCAAAGGGGCACCCAGCUUCAGAGACCUGCAGUGUCUGUCAUAUGACCGACAUUCCAGCAAGAAGAAGGGUAGCAUGCUGACUGCCAUUAUUAAUGAUGAGAAGCCUUGUGUGUUGUUCUGCAGCCCAGUAGGUCGAGAUGUCCCAGUCCUGAUGGCAGACAGAGUGAUGGAUGGGACGCCCUGUGGACCAUACGAGGCUGACCUCUGUGUUAAUGGAAAGUGUCAGAAAAUUGGCUGUGACAGCAUCAUCGGCUCUUCAGCUAAAGAGGACCGCUGUGGUGUUUGCAAUGGAGAUGCACGCUCCUGUAAGAUAGUGAGGGGAGACUUCAACCACACCAAAGGAAUGGGCUACAUCGAAGCUGUGGUUAUCCCUGCAGGAGCCAGGAGGAUCAAAGUUGUCGAGGACAAACCCUCACAUAGCUUUCUGGCUCUGAAAGACUCCAGUAAGAGGUCCAUCAACAGCGACUGGAAAAUUGAGCUUCCAGGAGAUUUUGAGGUGGCUGGGACCACAGUGCGAUAUGUUAGAAGAGGAUUAUGGGAGAAGAUGUCUGCUAAGGGACCCACUAACACCCCCUUACACUUGAUGGUGUUACUCUUUCAUGAUCAGAGCUAUGGGAUCCACUAUGAGUACACAGUGUCCCUUAACACAACUCAGGACAGGAGCAGUGAGGAGCAGAAGGAACCAGAGUACCUCUACAUCUGGACGCACAGCAGUUGGCAGGACUGUACUGUCCAAUGUGGAGGAGGUGAGAGGAAGACAGUGGUUUCCUGUAUGAGGAUAGCCAAUAAAACCAUGGAAGUGGUCAAUGAUAGCUACUGUCAACCUGAGAACCGACCACACCCCCAAGUACGACUCUGCAACUCUCACCCCUGCCAGUAUAGGUGGGUGACACGAGAGUGGGGACCCUGCUCCGUCACAUGUGGUAAAGGUCUUCAGCAGAGAGAGGUGGUUUGUGUUUACCAUCUACAGAAUGGCUCACUCAUCCACACCAGGGACCUGUAUUGCCAAGGAGGAAAACCUCCUCUUCUGCAGGGCUGUGAGGGCCGCCUCUGCCUUACUGUGUGGGAGGCUUCAGAGUGGUCCAAGUGUUCAUCAGACUGUGGUCAAGGUGUUCGCAAACGGAUGGUGUCAUGUACAAACCCUCAGGGUCUUUGUGAUCCUCUGUCCCAGCCUGCUCAAGAGGAGCACUGUGAGGACCACUCCAGAUGUUACGAAUGGAAGACUGGAGACUGGUCCAAGUGCUCGUCAUCCUGUGGUAAAGGCCUCCAAUCACGAGUGGUCCAGUGUAUGCACAAAGUGACUGGUCGUCAUGGUACUGACUGCCCAGUGACGCUGAGACCUCCGACCUACCAACCCUGUCACCAUGGUACCUGCAAUGAGAAAAUCAAUGUGAACACCAUCACCUCCCCCAGGCUAGCUUCUCUGACCUACAAAUGCAUGGGGGACCAGUGGACAGUGUACUGUCGCGUGAUCCGAGAGAAGAACCUCUGCCAGGACAUGAGGUGGUACCAGCGCUGCUGUGAAACCUGUAGGGACUUUUAUGCCAAGAGAAUACUGCACAAGACCUAAUGAUCAAAUGCACCUACUUUUCCUCCACAUAACACUCCUUUUUGUGUAUGUUUUUAAUGUUGUUGAAUGUUAAGAUAAAAUAAUGGCGAGAAAACAACUUAUAUUACUGAUAAAACUUUUUGUAUUUAGAAAAGAAAAUGGCAAGUACACAUACAUAUACAUUUUUAAUAGUCUCCUGAGCUUCUAGAUUUGUUUAAGACUUGAAAAUUUCCUUUAUUUCUUUUGCUGCACACCAAACAAAUAAAUGGCCAUUAUAAUGCCAAUCCAGAUGGCUUAAUCGCAAAGAAACAUCAACAGUAAACGCUUGACUUUGAAGCAGACUUAUUCUGACCGGUCUUUAAGAUUAGAUGGGAUUAUGAGUAAACCAGAGCGAUUCCCUUUGCUAUCUUUUUCAAAUAUUCUCUCCAUUGUGUCUUAUACUCUGUUGUGUUCUAUUAUAGCUAAUUGUUGCAAUGUCAAAUAACUAGUAAAUAGGUUUAUACACACACACACACACAUAUAUAUAUAUAUAUAUAUAUAUAUAUAAAUAUAUAUAUAUACAGUAUAUAUUUAUGAUACUUAAGUAUUAAUUAACUAUACUGUUAUGUGUAAGUAUUGAUUGGGAGCCAUGGUAAAAUGCUGUAGGAUUACAUUGACCCAGCUAAUGAUAGGAAACACACUGAUCUACAGGUCUGUUUGAGAGCCAUGGAUAGAUGAUGAAGCAGAGCAUGGUGCAAACAUGAACAUACACUCAUGGGUGCAUGGUUGUAGGCUUGGGCAGUAUGUAUUUUUUCAUACCUUACUAAAUUUCACCUGUUAUCCUUAUUAAACAGGAAACACACCUUCUGAAUUCAUGUUUCUAUCAAGCAGCAUCUCUUUAGGGGAAAGAAAAUGAAGCCAAGAAGUGCCGCUUGAAGCCGGCUCCAGAGACCAGUCAGUCCGCACAGACCCCCAUGUUAAAAUGUCCAACUUUACAACAGAAAUAAGUCUUUACAACAGUUUACAGUCUGGUAGAAAAAAAAUGAAAAAUUUAUAUUAAGGCUUAAAGUUACUCAUAAUUAAGGGCAGGCUGCUUCGAGUGGCAGGCAACUGAUACUGUCCUCAACUUCUCAGUCAGAUCCACCCUUCAUUCCGCUACAGUGCCAGCCUCCACAAACUAAUGGGUGACACCGCCGUACAAUUCAUUUUUAAAGUCUAUGACUUCUCUCUUUCACAGAAUCAGGACUAGCGUAAAUGCCUUGUAAACUCAUCAUAAAACACACUUAAUUCCAAUUUGACAGAAGCAAGAUAAUCUCACCUGUUAACUGUUUAGUGCACUGUUAUUUAGUUGGUACACUGUUCCAACAAUCACCAGUCCUGGUUUGGUCAAAUUAAACCCUUAAUUCAGUGAUUUAGAUGUGAAAAUGUGCUGUUUUCCCCAUGGUCUCUCUCUGCCUUAGCCUGUUAUUUACAGUCCUGUCACAUUAUCCCUAAUGCUGGCACUCAGCUCAGCUGCCUCAUGCAUCAAUAGAGACUGACCUCUGGGUGUGUGUGAUGUUCAUUAUAUACGUUAAAUCAGCCUCUCCAUAUGAGUUUAAUAGAAAGCUGAGCUUCUGUAUUUUUGACAGUAUUGUAAAUCAUACAGUUGGGAUUUAUAAAUACCCUGAUAUACUGUAAUACCGCCCAAGCCUACAUGGUUGUUUUCUAUCAGAUGCAGUCCAAUUGUUAUUACUGUCUAUUCUAAGAUUUAUCAAAAUUCACCACCUAGAUAAACUAUGCAAAAUCUUCUUCUGCAGUUCUAGUUGUUAGUCCUAUAAGUGGGGAUUAGUAUAAGCAGAAAUUCAUACAGUAGGAGCAGUGAGAACUAACACCUCUCAUUGGCUAUUUCAGUAUUUGUCAUCCUGACAGUAGAUAUGGUAUAGCUUGCCUAAAUCUGUCAAUUGCUGUGAUCCCUCAAGUCAUAAACAUGUCACUUCCCACUGUGGACUCAAGGGAGGGCUGUUGUGAUUCUGUUUGGUAGCAGGCCAACCGUGGCUGUCAGGCAUUCCAGCUUCCUUUAGAGCACAGACCGUUGCUCUGUAGACAUGAGCUGUUAGCUAGUACACAUAAAAUGAAAUUAUGUUCAUGUAGAAAUUAAAUUUAAAGAAAAGUAAAUUAUUUAAACUAUUUCUUUCUUUGCUUUUUACACAAUUUUGUCCCCUUUUUCAAAUCACAGUCCAGAGUGUGGUGGUAAUGGACCUGAGCUUAAGCUGUUUGGUAACUGAUAAAAACAAGAAUAAAAAGAAGAACUUCUGCACUUUAGUUCAAACAGUAACAGUUAAGCUAGCAAACAACUAUUCAUAAACUAAUUCAUAAUAACUAAAUCUUAUCAACAUGGUGAUCCUUUGAAUGAAUCUAUGGAAUAGUCAUUACAUACAGUGUCAGGUAGGGUGACCAGACGUCCCAAAAAAUUCAGGACAGUCCCGAAAUCCAAGCAGUUGUCCCAAAUCCCGAAUCUUGCCCUAAUUGUCCCGAAAAUGACACUAGAGCAGAGUCUGGAGUAGUUAUUGCUUGAUAAAACAUUAAAAACUGAUCAUGGUGGUUGAGUCGUCCUGCAGUUCCCGCUGGCUGCACAUUGGUUGCAGCAGUUCCUACAUGAACUAUGGGUGUUGUAGUUUUUAAAUUGUGUACAGUAGUGGCGAUGAAGUAGUAGAUGAAGAAAGCGCAAGUUGCAGCCGCGAGGACAGGGAAAGCGCAGGCUGCCACGAGAAGGAGUGAUUUGCACAUUGCAGUGCAGCCCCUUGUUCUAACUGUUCAAAACUGUUCAAAACUGUUCUACAAACUGAUACUCCUGUAAUGAAUGUACCAGGCGUCUUUUAUUUUGUUAGUUGUUUUUUUUUAUUGAGUUUAAAGGACAAGUGCACUUACAUUGAUCACUUCCAUUGAAUAAAACGAGAAAUUAGAAAAGAGGAAAAGAUUGAAAAAAAUUGUGAAAACUCAAUUAGGGAACUGCUCACAGACAUAUCGUCUCUGUGUGUUUUUACAUCUAUUGUUGCUUUAAUUUGCAGCUAUGAUUUUAAUGAAGCUGACAUGUCAUGAUGACAGUCACUAGCAGCUGCUGUUCAAACAUAUCAUCACCCUUGCAACCCUUUCCAGUUAGUCAUGGAGCUUACAUGCAAUAACAAUAAAAACCUUACCCAAAGGAUUAAAUGGUGCUAUACUAUGACCUGUUUCACAAUUGUGAAAUUCAGCUCAGUCAUUGUUAACAGUUAUCUGUUUUUGUGUGUUAUAGGUUUAUUUAAUAUUAUGGCCUUGUAUUGAUGAGUCUUUUUUUGCCAGUGUAGUGCAACUUUUCAUAAUUAUUCCUGUACUGUACUUUUUUUGUUGCACAUACAGAAUGUGUAGUACAUGAACUGCCACUACUUGUAUUUCAUGGUGCUGAUUUGGAACUGAGUAAAUCAUCUGUUCAUACAGCCAUUAAACCAUUUAUCUGUUACUCUGUGUAGUCACACUAUAUCUGUGCUCUCAUCCACUGUGUGACCAAAAUUCAUCACACCAUUCUGCUGCAUUUCUAUUCUAUUUCAAGUCUACUGUAAACUGAUUCUCAUUCUGUCGUUAUGUAAUAAAUGAUGAGAUUUUACAUGGGAAAACAAAGAUGUGGAUUUGCAAUUCAAUCAGAGUGCCGACUGCCUUCCUUCUCCUCCUGUCCUCACAGCACAUUGCCAUAGACUGUAGUAUU